AUGCUGCCCACACUCCUUCCUCCUUCCCUUUCACCUCAACAGAAGCAGCUCCAGGCACUCAACAGCGUGGACGAGUACGCAGAGGCCAUGCUGAAUGGCACCGUGGUGGGGGUGGUGGACGAGCGUCCCUUCCUCGACCUCAUUCUCUCGCAAGACUGCACCUUCACCACGGGGGAGGCAGACAUUUCCACCCUCGGAUGGGCCUUUGUGAGUGGAAGGCACCCACCCACCCACCCGUGUGUUGUUGCGGUUUCUGAGUUGGUUAAAGGAAGAGCUUCGUGGACGAGCGUCCCUUCCUCUACCUCAUUCUCUCACCUUCAACACCGGGGAAGCACACAUUUCCACCCUCGGAUGGGCCUUUGUGAGUGUGUGGCGCUUGGUAAGAGGUGUGUGUGUGCGAUCUGCAAAGCGCGUGACCUUCUCCAACCUUCUCCAACCUUCUCCAACCUUCUUCAACCCCCUCCAACCUUCUUCAACCCCCUCCAACAUUCUUCAACCCCCUCCAACCUUCUUCAUCCCUCUCCAACCUUCUUCAUCCCUCUCCAACCUUCUUCACGCUUCUUACCCCUCUUGAACCAACCCUGCACUCCUCGCAUUCACCAGGCCUUCCAGAAGGGAUCAAAUCUGGCCGUUGAUCUAAGCAAGGCCAUCGCCCAGCUGAGCGAAACAGGCCAGCUGCGAACCAUCCACAGCAACUACGUGCCUGUGAGUGGCUAUGGACUUGCAGUAAGCAUGGGUGCGCCUGUGAGUGUCUAUGGACUUAACAACCUGACGUGCAGUGGGGACGCAAGCGGGGGGUCAUCGGAGAGUCUGGGAGCGGAGGGGUUUCAGAACCUGUUCAUCCUGUACGGCGUCAUGGCCACCUUCGCCUGCCUCAUGUACCUCGCCGUGCUGCUCUACCGCGGCCACCUCGCCAAGAAGGAGUUGGAGGAGGAGGGAGAGGAAGUGAGUGGGGGCAUGUCUGCAAUCAAGGCGAAGCCAUGGAUGAAUCCCUUCAAGCACGUCAUCUACCUCUAUAACCUUGUGAGUGCAUGUACUCCUGCAGUCAUGCAUGCAACCCUGCAUGCGCUCAUGCAUGUGGUCUUGCAUGGGCUCAUGCAUAUUGUCUUGCAUGCGCUCAUGCAUGUGGUCUUGCAUGUGCUCAUGCAUAUUGUCUUGCAUGUGCUCAUGCAUAUUGUCUUGCAUGUGCGCAUGCAUAUCGUCUUGCAUGCGCUCAUGCAUGUUGUCUUGCAUGUGCUCAUGCAUAUUGUCUUGCAUGUGCUCAUGCAUAUUGUCUUGCAUGCGCUCAUGCAUAUUGUCUUGCAUGCGCUCAUGCAUAUUGUCUUGCAUGCGCUCAUGCAUAUUGUCUUGCAUGUGCUCAUGCAUAUUGUCUUGCAUGUGCUCAUGCAUAUUGUCUUGCAUGUGCUCAUGCAUAUUGUCUUGCAUGUGCUCAUGCAUAUUGUCUUGCAUGUGCUCAUGCAUAUUGUCUUGCAUGUGCGAAUGCAUAUUGUCUUGCAUGUGCUCAUGCAUAUUGUCUUGCAUGCGCUCAUGCAUAUUGUCUUGCAUGCGCUCAUGCAUAUUGUCUUGCAUGCGCUCAUGCAUAUUGUCUUGCAUGCGCUCAUGCAUAUUGUCUUGCAUGUGCUCAUGCAUAUUGUCUUGCAUGCGCUCAUGCAUAUUGUCUUGCAUGUGCUCAUGCAUAUUGUCUUGCAUGUGCUCAUGCAUAUUGUCUUGCAUGCGCUCAUGCAUAUUGUCUUGCAUGCGCUCAUGCAUAUUGUCUUGCAUGGGCGAAUGCAUAUUGUCUUGCAUGUGCUCAUGCAUAUUGUCUUGCAUGUGCUCAUGCAUAUUGUCUUGCAUGUGCUCAUGCAUAUUGUCUUGCAUGCGCUCAUGCAUAUUGUCUUGCAUGUGCUCAUGCAUAUUGUCUUGCAUGUGCUCAUGCAUAUUGUCUUGCAUGUGCUCAUGCAUAUUGUCUUGCAUGUGCUCAUGCAUAUUGUCUUGCAUGUGCUCAUGCAUAUUGUCUUGCAUGUGCUCAUGCAUAUUGUCUUGCAUGUGCUCAUGCAUAUUGUCUUGCAUGUGCUCAUGCAUAUUGUCUUGCAUGCGCUCAUCCGUGUGCCAACUGCUGCCUCCCGGGAUCGCCUCUUGUCGUACUUCCGUAAUACCCAGCCACCGUGCCUGUCGCACGACAUGGCGGCUGAUGGAGAUCGGAAAGAGAAAGGAAAGGGCAAGGGUAUCAAGGUUAGCAAGAAAACCGCAGCUGUGAAACCCAAGAAGCAGGAUCGCGAAGGCCAGCAUAGCAAACCGAGCGACGACGAUUCUCGUCCACGUGGCAAGCAGAGCGAAGGGGGAUCGCGUCCACGUGGCAAUCGGAACGAAGAGGGUUCGCUUCCACGUGGCGGCAGUCGAGAUGCUGCUGCCGGAGAGAUCUUGCCCGCGAGAUUGCUGCCGUCGCAGAUUAAGAACAAGCAGAAGCGGUCGGCAGUGACCGCGAAGCUUCGCGCGGAGAAGGAGAAGGGGAAGAAGCAGCGGCUGAAGCGGCGGCGGCAAGACGAGGAACGCGCAGUGGCGUUGGGGGAAGCGGUAGGUGGGGGGGAGCGGUGGUUGGGGUUGAAGGCGCAGGUCGGGGGAAGUUCUAAGAUAGGCGUGCGGGGAAGGCAAUACCCGCUUUCUCGUCGUCAUUGUGAACCCUGCUUAAAUCUUAAACCCUCGCAGGCCCCACCACGGAAGGCAGCUCGCACCAUCGACAGCACGCGGGAGGUGGACGAGACUAUAGCGCAGCCUGACGACGACGAGCUGCAUGCAGACGAGGCACAGGACGAGUUCGCCCCGCACUUCAACCGAGAGAGGCCGCCCAAAGUGCUGAUUACCACGUGCCAACGGAUACACCAGGCAAUGAAGCAGUUGAUAAAGGAGCUUUUAGUGGUCAUUCCGGGAUCGGAGUACUAUGAGAGGCGGCAGUAUCGCAUUAAGGAGAUAGUGCAGUACGCAUCAGCGAGGGACUACACGGCUGUGAUCGUGAUCAACGAGAAUCGAAGCAAGCCAAAUGCACUUAUGCUCAUCGGCUUGCCAGAGGGCCCCACUGCUCUCUUCAAGCUCUCCAGCCUCGUCCUGAGGAAAGACAUCAAGAACGCAGGGCGGGCAACAGGGCACCUCCCAGAGCUCAUUCUCAACAACUUCUCCACACGCCUGGGCCACCGGGUCGGACGCCUACUGGCCUCUCUGUUCCCGCAGGACCCAGAGUUCAAGGGCAGAAGGGUGGUCACGCUGCACAACCAGCGCGAUUUCAUUUUCUUCCGCCACCACAGGUACAUAUUCGAAGAUCCGGAGAGUAGAGACGAGUCGCUGGGGCUGAGAAAGAAGAAGGCGCGGGAGGAGAAGGAGAGGGCGGGCAUGUUGAAGCGCAAGAAAGCAGCGGAGGCGGCAGCAGCAGGGAAGAAGACUGGCAGCGUGGGCGCAUCGCUGGGCAUUUUCACUCGCCUGCAGGAGUGUGGCCCGCGAUUCACGCUCAAGCUUAUGAGUGUGCAGCGGGGCACGUUUGACUCCAAGGGAGGGGAAUACGAGUGGGUGUAUAAGAACGACAUGGACACAAGCAGGAGAAGGUUCUUCCUGUAA